AAGGUUGGAGACCCUUGUCCUAAAGCAACCAAGAGGCGGCAUUUGAACGUGGAGAACGUGUGAGUUGCGUUCGACCUGCCACCCGUCCUCCAGCGUCUCGGCGCUUCUCUUGCACAACCCCUGAGAAAGACGUUGCACCGAAAAAAGCCGGCGGAGGGCGCUAACGUUUGGGGGCGGCCGCCCUGGCCUCCGCGUCAGAAGAGGCGAAGGGCUGCGUGCGUGCGAGGACGGACGCGUCUUCUCCGAGACGGGGGACGCUAACCAAUUUCUGGCCGUUGCGAGAGGAAGCCCUUUCACCGCCAGGAGUGCGGAGACCCCAGGAACCGCUCCAGGUUCAACCCGGGUCUUUUCCAACUGCGGGAGGGAACGAGGAACCUUUCAAUCUAUCUAUUAAUAGGAUAGCAUUGCAUAAAUAUGGACAGAAAUCCUUCACCCCCCUCAAGUGAUUCAGAGGAAGAAGAAGUGGCUGGUGGGGAUUCUAUUGGAAAUACAGUUUACAGCAAACACUGGCUGAUUGGUGUACUUGAGAAAUUAAUCAAGGAACCUUUCAAUCUAUCUAUUAAUAGGAUAGCAUUGCAUAAAUAUGGACAGAAAUCCUUCACCCCCCUCAAGUGAUUCAGAGGAAGAAGAAGUGGCUGGUGGGGAUUCUAUUGGAAAUACAGUUUACAGCAAACACUGGCUGAUUGGUGUACUUGAGAAAUUAAUCAAGGAUACUUCAAAACUAAACAAUGAAGAAGAACAAAUGGAACUAGAUGAAGAGAUGGAGAAUGAUAUUUGCAAAGUAUGGGACAUGUCAAUGGAUAAGGAUGUUGCUUUAUUUUUACAAGAGUUUAAAGCCCCUGACAUAUUCAUGGUUUUUCUUGCAAAGUCCAAAUGUCCUCGACUUACUGAAAUAUGUGUAGGUAUUCUGGGAAAUAUGGCCUGCUGCCAAGACACGUGCAUAUCUAUUAGUAAAGAUGAGAACCUGGGACAAAUAGUGCUUCAUCAUUUAUGUGAUUCUGAUUCCCCGACUCUGCUUGAAACAAGCAGGUUACUGUUGACUUGCCUCUGUCAAUAUGAAGUGGCUAAUAUUUGGGUGGAGAGAAUCAGACAAAGUCCGUCUGUCUAUAACUGUUUCUGCUUUAUCAUGUCUAGUUCUACAAAUGUGGACUUGCUGGUGAAAGUUGGUGAAGUGGUUGAUAAGUUGUUUGAUUUGGAUGAAGAAUUAAUGAUAAACUGGAUUAAAAAAGAUUCUUGUCCAUUAGUGGAACAGCCCACAGAUGAUUCCCCAGAUGAUGUCCCUAAUUUUAAAAUUCUACCUUGUCUGCUUGAAGCUGCAAAACAAGUUUGCUCAGAUAACAAUUCCGAAGGACUUGAAGUUUAUAUGCAUAUUCUACAGCUGCUCACUACAGUGGAUGAAGGCAUUCAAACAAUCGUCAAAUCUUCUGAUAGAGGAAAGGAAACAUGGAGCUUGCUAUAUAAUCUCUUUUGCAAUGAACUCUGCCAGCCAGAUGAUCCACCAAUUAUUGUUCAAGAACAGAAGACCCUGUUGGCUUCUAUUUUAUCUGUGCUAUCAGCCAUUUUUGCUUCACAGAGAGAUCAGGACUAUGUCACCAUGGGAAAGAAUCUGGCUCUGAUUGACAGCAUGAUUAGAGUGUUACAAAACAUGGAUGAAUGUGAGAAGAGAUCUGUAGACAGCUCAAAGAAAUCCCAGACAGAAGAGUGUGAGAAAUUGGAAGUAGUUGAUGACGAUUUCCAUUUAAAAAUCUUGAAGGACAUCUGUUGUGAAUUACUCUCCAAUAUGCUCCAGGAAUUAUCAGAGGAAAACAUAUUGGAGGGGCUCAAGCAAGGUCAUAUAAAUGAACAGAAAUGCUCCUCCGCAUUUCAAAAUCUCCUUCCAUUGUAUUCAUCUUCGGUGGAAAGUUUUCUUGAAGUGCUGCAUGGAGCAGAUCAGACUCUUGCAGACAACCUGAGCAAAAGCUUCCCAAGUUUGAAACUCCAGGCAUAGCUCCAUGUGUCUAUUUUGCUACAAGGAGACUGUGAAUAAUUUGUUUCUCUUUGAAGAAAGCAUUGGGUAAAGAA